UUCGAACAGUAGCAGUGUUUCUGCGGCCGGGUGCCUGAGGAGGAGCAGGAGGAGGAAGGCACCAUGAUCUCCACAGCCCUCCGGGGGCUCGUCCUGGUGCUGUUCAUCAUUCUGACCAUCAGUGGGAACAUGCUGGUGUGUUUGGCUGUCGGGCUCAGCCGUAGACUGUGGUGUAUCGCCAACUGCUUCGUGGUGGCGCUGGCACUGACGGAUCUGCUGCUGGGCCUGCUGGUGCUGCCCCUGACUGCUACAGUGGAGCUGCGUGGCGGGAAGUGGCCCUUCGGGGGAGCCCUGUGUAACAUCUACCUCUCGCUGGACGUCAUGCUGUGUGCCUCCUCCAUCCUGACCCUGAUGGCGAUCAGCGUGGACCGAUACCUGGCCAUUUCAGCUCCGCUCAGCUACUCCCGGAGGGUCACCCCUCUGAGGGUGACGCUGGCCCUCAUCGCCAUCUGGGCCGUGUCGCUGGCCGUGUCCUUUGUGCCCAUCCACCUGGGCUUGAACACGGUGGACUACAAAGUGCAGCACGUGGACUGGGGCCUGGGGGAUGAGGACAAAGAGGGACGCUACUGCCAGUUUGAAUGGAAUAACAACUACGUUCUUAUUUAUGCCUUCGGCUCAUUUUACCUGCCUCUGCUGCUUAUGAGUGGAAUGUAUCUUUGCAUAUUCAGAGUGGCACGAGAACAGGUGCGGCGUAUUCGUGCUGCCACGCCGUCAUCUCCACGCACAACCACGACCGCAGCCAUAGCCCACGAGCACAAAGCCACAGUGACCCUGGCAGCAGUGCUGGGGGCCUUCAUCAUCUGCUGGUUCCCUUACUUCACUUUCUUAAUCUGCAUGGGCAUAAAGGAAAAGACAAACCCUCCCAACACGCUUCACUCUGUGAUCCUGUGGCUGGGCUACUUUAAUUCGGCCCUGAACCCCAUCCUGUACCCAGCCUUCAACAGGGAUUUCCGCAGGGCCUACGGUGACCUGCUUCGCUGCAGGGGACAUUCUCGCAGAAAACUACUGUUCACACGCUUGUUUGUGCCUAAAAGUCUGAACUUUACUAACGUACAGAAAGUGGAGAAACAUACGGACAAAGUUAUGAAAGAAAAUGAGGGGAAGAGCCUCACGCUUCUCGAGAGAAACGGUAUCCCUGAUGAGCCGUGGUGA